AUGUGGAGAUUUUAAUCAUAAUAACGGUACGGUUCGACUAAUUGGCUAACAUUAUAGAAUAAUCAGACCUAAAAUUCACUAGAACAAUCCAAGGAAAGGUAGUGUAAUCUCACUUAGAUUCCAUUUGCUGCCAAGGACAAGAAUAUAAUGAGAAAAUCUCCUGUUCACUAAACCCUCAGAUCAUUCAAGAAUAAAUUGCCAACUAACUCUAUAAGGAGUUUAAAAUUAAAAAGAACAAAGGGUUGGUUGGAGUAAGUCGAAUGCUAUAAUCUCAAUUAAGAAGCAGCAUUAAAAUGCAAUGAUUUUUAAACAUGGUACAACUAUGAUGUAAGAUAUAAUCUAAGAAAACGAUAAGCAAUUAAAAAGAUUCGUGUAACUAUACCAUAACAGGCUAAAGGAAAAUAAACGAUUGAAGAAUAACUUAUGAAAUCGGCUAUAUUAUUUAAUCAGCCAAACCUCAAGAAGGCUUUCCAAAAUAUAAAAAGAAUGGCAACUCUUAAUCCUUCAAAAAAGAAAGAAGCUGGUAUAUUUAGAGGCUUCAAGGAUGAUCAAGAUAAUAUCCAUAUUCAUUCAGAUACUGAGUAAAAUCUAUUACAAGAUUUAGACAGAAUUUUGCAGAGAAGUGUAUAUCAGACUCUUACACCCUAUAUCGUAGAGAUUCAAAAGCUAUUAAAAAUUCAUAUCAAAGGAAGUACUGUUUAAGUUAGAUAAAUUUAGUCUAAUUUAGGUUGUUUAAUUUGUGGCGAAUAUGAAAAUGUUGGAGAAAAAAAAGAUGAAAUAUUAUGAUUAUUGA